AUGCAGCUCACGGUCGUGCUGCUGGAGUCCGUCCAUCAUAUGAUGCUCAUGGCUGCGUUGCUGGGGUCCGUCGUGCUGCGCACCGGCGCUCAGCUGCGGUCCGUCGUGCUGCUCACGAUGGUGCUGCUGGAGUCCGUCAUGCUGCAUGCGAUCGUGCCGCCGGAGACCGUCAUGUUGCUCUCGAUCAUGUUGCUGGAGCUCGUCAUGCUGCUCACGAUGGUGCUGCCAGGUCCCGUCAUGCAGUUGACGGUCGUGCUCAUGGAAUCGGUAAUAUUGUUCACGAUGGUGAUGAUGAGGUCCUCCAUAUUGCUGACGGUCGUGCUGAUGGAGUUCGUAAUGCAGUUCACGAUGGUGUUGCUGGAGUCCGCCAUGUUGUACGCGAUGGUGCCGCUGGAGGCCGUCAUGCUGAUCACGAUCGUGCUGCUGGAGUCUGUCGUUCUGCUCACGAUGGUGCUGCCGUGGUCCGUCAUGCUGCUUACCAUCGCACUAUUGGAGUCCGUCUUGCUGCUCACGAUGUUUCCGCUGGAGUCCACGAUGAUGCUGCUGGCGCCCGUCGUGCAGCUCACGGUGGCGCUGGGGAUCGUCAUGCUGCUUACACCCGUGCUGCUGGAGUCCGUCGUGCUGCUCCCGAUGCUGCUGGUGAAGCCCAUCAUGCUGCUCAC